CUCGAUAUUUUUUUUCGGCCUAUCGAUUACGUCUAAUGUUUUCUUGUAUUAGCUGGAACGUUAAGUUAUAAAUAUUAAAACAGCAAUUUGGUUAUCAGAAUGGUGUUUGCCAAUAUAACGAGACGGAGCCUGAUUCCUGGGUUAUCCCACAUAAGGCUUUUGCCGCAAAUUGUUGCAGGAAGAUUGAACGUGCUAAGUUCGCAUGAGACACGCCGUGGAGCUGCAAAAUGGUAUCCAGAUCCGGAGUUUAUGAAGCAGUUUAGUGGACCGGUUAUGUAUCCAGAUGAAGUUACAUCGCUCUGGAAGGUGCCCCCAUGGAACAGCAAGGUGACGCCUGUUGAGAAGUCCGUGCGUAACCUGACCCUAAACUUUGGACCGCAACAUCCCGCCGCCCACGGAGUCCUUCGGCUGGUGCUUGAGCUGGAUGGAGAGACUGUCAUGCGUGCUGAUCCGCACAUCGGCCUGUUGCACCGCGGAACCGAGAAGCUCAUCGAGUACAAGACAUAUACACAGGCGUUACCCUACUUUGAUAGACUGGACUAUGUAUCCAUGAUGUGCAACGAACAGUGCUACUCUCUGGCCGUAGAGAAGCUUCUCAAUAUAGAGGUGCCUCUCCGAGCCAAAUAUAUUCGAACCCUUUUUGCCGAGAUUACUCGAAUUCUGAACCAUAUAAUGGCUGUCGGAACCCACGCUUUAGACGUGGGUGCUUUAACGCCAUUUUUUUGGCUAUUUGAGGAACGUGAGAAAAUGAUGGAAUUCUAUGAGCGGGUUUCCGGUGCUCGAAUGCAUGCUGCCUACAUCCGUCCUGGUGGUGUAUCAUUGGACAUGCCUAUUGGCCUAAUGGACGAUAUUUAUGAGUUUGCAUCAAAGUUUGCCGAGCGUUUGGACGAAGUGGAGGAUGUGUUGACGACGAAUCGAAUCUGGGUGCAGCGAACCGAGGAUAUUGGAAUUGUGACGGCAGAAGAAGCUUUAAACUAUGGAUUCAGUGGCGUCAUGUUGCGUGGCUCCGGUAUAAAGUGGGACCUCCGCAAACAACAGCCGUACGAUGCCUACAAUCUGGUGGACUUCGAUGUUCCUAUCGGCACAAAGGGCGACUGCUAUGACCGCUAUCUCUGUCGCAUAGAAGAGAUGCGCCAAUCCCUGCGAAUAAUUGAUCAAUGCCUAAAUCAAAUGACUGCUGGCGAAAUUAAAACGGACGAUGCUAAGGUGGCGCCUCCCUCUCGAUCCGAGAUGAAGACUUCCAUGGAGGCUCUUAUUCACCACUUUAAAUUAUUUACCCAAGGCUAUCAAGUUCCACCAGGGGCAACGUACACGGCAAUAGAAGCUCCAAAGGGCGAGUUUGGAGUUUACCUUGUAUCAGAUGGAUCGAGUCGUCCCUACCGCUGUAAAAUUAAAGCGCCAGGGUUUGCUCACUUGGCAGCUUUAGAGAAGAUUGGAAAGCAGCACAUGCUUGCUGAUGUCGUUGCGAUUAUUGGUACUUUGGAUGUAGUAUUUGGGGAAAUCGAUCGAUAAUUUUUUGUUAAAUAUGUUUUCCCAUAUUGAUUAUUAAAAUCAUAAAUAAGUUUGGAACGAUA